GCUUUGACCGCAAUAGUGAAGUGCGCCUUGUGAUGUUUCUGUCGAAAAAAAACUCAAUGACUGUUUCCUUCUAGCAUGCCUAUAUGCCGCGUAGCUUGGGAACUAGGAGUUUAUUCUACGCACUCUUUUCUCUUUCAGGAACUGGAUAGAAUGGCGUAAUGGUGUUAUAAAAGUGGCAUUAUGUCUACCUUUAAAUGGUGCGAAUCGUGUAAUCGCACAUAGCAGAACUCAGGGGGUGGGUAAAAUCCAUGGCCAGAGGAUGAACGAAGGGACCCAGGCCAACAACGGGGAAAAAGAAAAUAGCAUAUUGGAUGGAUGUUCUUAUAAAAAGAGGUCGUCAUGCCGCAUUCACCAAGUACCUCCUCACAAACAACCCUUUCCAACCAUACCUCUCUCCAAGGUGAGCGUAGAGCAACAACACGCUUUGCGCUUGUCAAAGUCUUAUCACGGCGCAUCGUUUUCUCACCAUCUUUGCUCGUUUUUUCCCUAUAGAAUGGUUCAAAUGAUUGCUUCAUCCUUCCUCGUGCUGUGCUUGUUCUUCGUUCAGGUGGCCAUCGCCCGGGUGCUUGAGCCUGGAAAAUACUUCAUCCAGGAUAAUCGAGGCAACUACCUUGGAAUUGGCCCCGUUCCACCAAUCUACCCACCUAUCGACGUUCCGGCUCGACUUGUACCAAAUCAUAUCGCAGAAAAGUGGAUUGUCGACCUGGCUGAUAAUGGUGCCUUCACAAUUUCUGCGGGGAGAGGUCGGCACGAUGACUACAAGCUCGUAUCCAGGGAGGACGUGGUUUAUGUGAGUGCGCGAAUGGCACCUGAACCAUGGACCAUGACAUCAGCGGGCGACGGCAAAUUUAUGAUUCAGGCUCCUAACAGGGACCUGGUCUACACUGCCAACGUGGACGAGUUUCCCCAUGUGACCCUUCAGCCCGCUAGUGGCGAGGAUAGUCAGAGGUGGACAUUUGUUCGAAUUGACAGGGACAACUACUGGCGAGGCUAUCGAAACCGCUUUUGUGUGCAGGAGGAGUGGUAAUUUGGUUGACUGAGUUCAUCGCCGCAUAGUUUGGUCUGCUGAUGCUCGUUUGAACCCUACAUUCGGAGCAGGUUUUGUCGUGCACUCUGCGAUGUAGCCUUCUUCGCCCAGUCGUCUCUCCCUCCACUCUCUCUCUAUCCCACACUCACAAACACGUUUGUUUCUACUAAGAUAUCGCCUCUUGAUUAAAUGCGAGUGAAUGCAAAUGUAACUGGUUUUGAAGU